UAUAGGUAGAGAGAGAGAGAGAGAGAGCCGAUUCAAUUCAGCUCUCGUCGUCGUUAAGUUAUCUCGCCGGCCGACCGACCGACCGACGGACGAGAGAAGAGGGAAAAUGGGCGAGAAUAAUCCUAAGCCUUCCGCCGGCGUAUGGCCAACCGUGAAACCUUUUCUCAAUGGAGGAGCCUCUGGCAUGCUUGCUACCUGCGUCAUCCAACCUAUCGAUAUGAUCAAGGUGAGGAUUCAAUUGGGUCAAGGAUCAGCUGUUGAGGUGACCCGUAACAUGCUUAAGAACGAUGGUGUCGGUGCCUUCUACAAGGGACUCUCUGCUGGACUGCUUAGGCAAGCUACAUAUACAACUGCUCGGCUCGGAACAUUCAAGAUCUUGACAAACAAAGCAAUUGAGGCAAAUGAUGGGAAACCACUGCCAUUAUAUCAAAAGGCACUAUGUGGUUUAACUGCCGGAGCAAUUGGUGCAUCUGUUGGUAGUCCGGCAGAUCUAGCACUUAUCCGAAUGCAGGCGGAUGCUACCUUACCUCUGGCCCAACAAAGGCAUUACACGAACGCAUUCAAUGCUCUUUAUCGUAUUUCUUCCGAGGAAGGGGUUUUGGCACUUUGGAAAGGUGCGGGUCCUACUGUUGUGAGAGCUAUGGCAUUGAAUAUGGGAAUGCUAGCUUCAUACGAUCAAAGUGUAGAGUUUUGCAGAGACUCUCUUGGUUUUAGUGAGGCCGCAACAAUUAUUGGGGCUAGUUCUGUUUCAGGGUUCUUUGCUGCAGCAUGUAGCCUUCCGUUUGACUACGUGAAAACACAAAUCCAGAAAAUGCAACCGGAUUCUCAAGGAAAAUAUCCUUACACUGGUUCUUUGGAUUGUUCUGUUAAAACUUUGAAAUCUGGAGGUCCUUUGAAAUUCUACACAGGAUUUCCUGUUUACUGUGUUAGGAUUGCUCCCCAUGUCAUGAUGACAUGGAUCUUCCUCAACCAAAUCCAGAAGCUUGAGAAGUCAGUUGGGUUAUAAUUAUAAUUAUGCUGCAAAACAAGUUAGUGGGUAUUCCGUUCCUUACCAAUCACAAUAAUAAAAACAAGUCCUUUCUUUGGCAACAGUAGUAGGCAUACAGAGGAAUUGAGAAUAGGAU